AUGUCAGAUAUUUAAAGAUCAGACUCUUUUUAAAAUUCUUAAAAGAGCGAUUAGCAUUAAAAUAACUAUUAUUGCAAUUAAUAAGACAGCAACAUAGAGGACAUAAAAAGCAAAAUAUCAAAUCAAUAUUCUGUAGAUAAUAGAGAUUAUUAUGAUUUGUAUAUAAAAAGAGAUAGUAUUGCAGAUGAUAAUGGUUUUGAAGACAUUAAUUAAUUCAAUAAAGAUCUCAAUAAUUAAUCUCUUACAGAUUCCAACAAAAAUAAUGGCAAGUAAAACAAUUAGGAAUUAUUAAUUGACUUGAGCUUAAACUCAUCAAUAUUAAAUGCAACUAAAAACCCUUAUAUGGUGAAGGCAUUAUAGAAAUUAUCUAAAAGAGAUUCAACAAAAUUGCAAUCUCCCAUUUCUGUUGCUACUAAAACAGGGAUAAGAGUUAUGAAAAAUAGAAAUGGAAGUCUGCUAAUUGAAAAAGAGUCUUCUCCUAAGAGAGUUAGUGGAGAAAACUAUGAAAGUUUUUUUAAAUAUAUGGCAGCUUCUGGCUAGGAAUGUCAAGAUUGCUCUUUAAAUAACUAAUAGAAUCAAACAAUCUUAAAUUAAACACAAUUCGAUUUUACAGUUCAAGGUGGGGAAGAUGCUAUAAAAUAUGAAGUCAAUGCAUGUAAUGAUACUGUUUAAGAAGGGAUUUGCAAUUAAUUUCCAAGUUAACAUGUGCUUAGAAAAGAGGGAACCAUGCUUUAGAGAUAAGCCUAAAAAGAAAUAAAAAUUAAAAAAAUUCUUUCAGAUUUUAAUAAGCUAAAUAACAUUAAGAAGUUUGUAAAAAAGAUGACGAGUCUUUCACCCUAGUACAAUUAUAGAAGAUUAAGAGAUUUUCACUUUGAAGUAAUUGGAGAUGUUAUUUAAGUAAUAACUUCUAAAAUAUAUAAUGAAAGAUUUAAUUUAGCUACCUUCAUAUUAAAGCCUAAUGAAAUAUUCUCUAUAAUGUGGGAAGUAUUUGAAAUAUUAUUCAUUUUUUUUCAUGUAAUUGCUUUCGGAUUUCGCUUCGGCUUUGGAAUUGUGCUUAAUUACUACAUUAAAAUAUUUUCUAUUUGUUUCUUAUUAGCUGAUUUAAUAAUAAUAAUUAAUACUGGAUACUAUCAAGGAGUAGAAAUAGUUACAACAAGAGUUAAAAUUAUUAAAUACAAUUUAUUUAAUAUAAGUAUGAUUUUAUUGUCUUUAAUUGCUUUAGUUUUUAAUGAUCAAGGACCGUUAGAACUUGUUUUUAUUUUUAGAAUUAAGUGGCUAUACCAAUCUUAUUAUCAUUUUGAAUAAAACUUUUAGCUUAAAUAAAAGCAUCCUGUUAGUGAAACACUUUUAAGGCUUUUUAUAAUUAUUAUUUUAUUAGCUCAUUAUAAUGCUUGUGGUUACUUUUUUUUUAGCUAGAAUUAUAAUAGUUCAGAUCAAACUUGGCUCUAAUUUUACAAUUUAUAAAAUUAAGAUUGGGAAAUUUAAUAUAUAACAGCACUUUACUUUUCUUUUAUUACUAUGGUCACAGUUGGUUAUGGUGACAUAGUACCUAAGACGGUUAACGAAAGAAUUUACGUUAUAUUUUUUGUCCUUAUUUCUGCUAUAACAUUUGCAUAUGUUGUCAAUACAAUAGGUGCUUUAUUUUAAGAGUUAUCUCGAUAAGAGGGAAAAUAUAAUUAAAAGAAGUUUGAAAUUGUCAAUUACAUGGAGGAAAGGAAAAUUUCAAAAUCAAUUUAAAUUUCAGUUGUUAAAUUUUUAGAGUUUACAAUCAAAUAAGAAAAAGAGCUUUAGUAUUCGUUAUCAGGAGAGAAUUUCUUGUAAUCGAUACCCUAGAAACUCCGAUAACAAGUUUAUUAAGAAUAUUAUGGAAGAAUAUUGCAAGAAAUUAAACUUUUUAGUAUGAAUUUCUCAAAAGAUUUUUUGUAAUCACUGUCUGUUUUAAUGAAAGAAAAAACUUAUGGGCCUGGCGAAGAAAUCUUUAAAUAAGGAGAGAAAAACAGUAAUUUUUUUUUUAUCAACAAAGGAUAAAUUGAAUUUGAUAUUGAGGUUUAAGGUAAAAAUAAUAUUUCCUUAGGUUUUCUGAAGAAAGGAGACUCAUUUAACCACUAAGGACUCUUUGUUGAUAAAAUACACGAGGUGACUGCUAGGUGCAAAUAGAUAACAUAAAUCAUAUUUCUCAAUCAAGAGGACUUUUAGAGGAUACUUAAACAAAAUAAAGAUGAAUAUGAGAAAUAUUGCAUGAUAAGAGAUAAAUAUUUGUAAGAAAGUAUAACAUUAGGAGAGCAAUGCUUAUCCUGUUUAAAUUACAGCCAUUCAGUGCUUAACUGUAACUUGAUCAGAUACAUGCCGAAUAAACCUAAUCUUAUUGCUAAAGAGCAAUAUAAUAUUCCUGUUUUAAAUAGAUGUAAGAAGAAAAGAUUUCUUGAAAAAAAGUAAAACUCUCUAGUUAAUAACUAAGAAGUUAAACAAGCACUUCGAUUACUCAGAAUCUAGCUUACAUAUAUGAUUAUGGGAGAUAGAUUAGGAACUUUCUAAGAUUUAAUUAAUAGAAAUUUUAGUGAUAAUUAAUUUUUCAGAUAUUUUCCUCAACUACAGAUGAAUUCUGAUAAAUACAUUGAAAUUAAUUCUAUGGAGGAAUUAAAAUAUUCAUUCGAAGACUUAGAUACUGAGUCUUUAAUUUUUCAGAAUCCUCCAACUGUUUGUCUUCAAAAUAACCAAAUAAAUUAAGGUAACAAUUUAAGUGGAAGUAAAGAAUCAAAUUAUAUUGAUAACAUUUUACUCAAGGUGGCUAAAACUCAAAAUAAUGAUUAAUAAAAUUUUUAAUCUUUAUAAGCUUAGCAAAUUAAUGAAUAAGUAGAUAUUAUCCUUUCCCCACUAAAGAAAAACCUUUGGAAUAACUUGACUGUAACCUCAGAUUUAGAACAAGAUGAUGAAAGUCAAAAAAGCUCAUCUGAUAAAGACUUAUCAAGCUAGCGAGAUAAAAUAGACAAAUGUAUAAUGAAAAUGCCAAGCUUAAAGACAAGUGCCAAAGAGAUUAACCAAAAUCCUCAGCUAUAGUAAUAGAAAUAAUAAGUAAAUCGGAGAAUAUCUAUAAUGACUCACAAUCCUAUUUUAAUUCAGCAGUAAGCAAACUCAAAUCAAGAUAUCUAUAGCACAAAUACAGACUUAGUGUAGAUGUAAUAAAAUAACAAUAAUAAUAUGACCUUAUUAUAGAUCAUUAAUUAAUUGUAAAUGAUACUACAUAAUUCUCAGAAUUAAAAUCAAAAUCUUUCAGUUUAAUAAAACUAAAACUAAUUGUUUAGCAACUAAAAUAAAAAAAAUAAUAUUGUAUCAAUGACGUAAAUAAAAAUAGAUCCUUAGCCAAGUAUAAUAUCAUAAAAAGGUUAGUUUAUGCAUAGUUUUAAUAUUAUACCUUCAGAAGGAUAGUAAAAUCAAUAAAAUCAUAAUUAAAAUAAUUAACAAAAUAAUAAUUUAAUUAAUUCUGCUGGUCUCGUCCACAAUUAUCCUAAUAGUGAAAAGCAUGAAAAAUUUUAAUAACUUUGUGAUUUUGAUUUGAUUAAAGAGUAUAAAUAUUAUUUUCCCUUUAUGAAUUACUCACAAACCAUCUUUAACUAUAACUAAAGCCAAGAUAUUACAUAUAAGAGGAAAUGUACUUAACUUAAUAAGAAAUAAUGA